AUGUACCCUAUCUUGGACAUGGCAGAUAUUGCACGAAAGGUGAAGAAGUGCGCCAGCGCGGGUGCAGCCUCUUGCGAGCGUUCUGCCCGAAGAAUGCACCUGUCUGACGAGCGUGAGAUCAGUAAGGAUGAUCUGGCCAUACUCAAAAUGGUGGUGGCCUUGGGUCUCCUUGCAGAAGGGGAAAUCCACCAAAAGCUCGCUGCGACGUUGUUCGACUCUGUCCGUUCACAAGUGGAGGCGAUGAUCUGGAAUGCCGCUGUUGACUUGAAGGAUCUAAUCUUGAUGACACUCGUGAUUUUGUUUCACUUCCACUGUGGGAAAUGGCGGCUGGCUUGGAGAUUCCAGGGCAAUGUAAGCCGAAUCAUCCUAGAACUGGGCUUGAACAGAAAAGCGGUCCUUGAUCGUUCGUUCCCCGAGAUCAACAGCCGAGUGCAGGCGAUCAACACGAUCUGGACCAUUUUUGUCCUUGAACAGCAUCUUAGUUAUGCUUUGGGCUUUUCCGACGCGAUGCCCAAUCUGCGUUUGGAGGCGAAUUUUCCCCAGCCCGUCGAUGCUCCAUUUUUGACACUAAUGAUUGACUACGCGUGCAUUGGACGACAGUCAUGCGAUGCCUUGCUGAGCGACAAGGUCCUCAGCCCUGAACAAUCGGCAACGUGGCAGGACGACUACGACUACUUUCGCUACCGAGUAUCGCUUUGGGCCAUGCGUGCUUCUGAAAGUUUCACAGACGACAGCUUGAGCCCGGGAAUCCAGAUGGUGCGCACAAUCCUUCACUUGCGGGCAAAUCACCUGAGAAUACUGGUCGCUCGGGCUUUUUUGUGCUCGAGCCUGAGACAAGCCGCCCCGUUGAAUAUCUGGACGAUAGUAGACAUCACAGCCGAUACGAUCCAAGUUCUGACGCGCCUAGACCCCUGCGAAAAGGAGUACCGAUUUCACGAAGCGCAAUUCAACCAUUUCUUGGUGUCGGCCUUGGAUAUUCUGCUCUUCGCAACCACCCACAAAACGUCAGGCGUGCAGUCACCGUCAGCCAACGGAGAGGCGCUCUCGAUCCCACCUGAAACAGCCCAAACGGCUCUAAAGGGCUCCAAACUUGCCUUGAACCGCCUCCGUGGCCUGGCUGAGUAUUCAACGCAAACGAAGCACCUAUGGGAUCGUGUACGGGUGAUUGCUACGCGUCUCAAUCUAUCCGAACACCUCUUCCCAGAGGCAUUGAAGGAACAGAUUGCAAUCCCUGCACAAGCUCCCAGGAGGCCGUCUGCGCUUGCUGACGCAUCUGUUCGAGCUGCGCUGACCGUGGAUCAUUCAGACACACCAGCUCUUGCCCCUCUGAACGAUCUUGACGACGAAUUCUUCGCGUUUCCCUCCGGGGAGACGACCCCUUGGGGUUUCCAGAUGCCAUCCUCUUCAGUCCUUGACUUCGAUUGGACCCAAGACUUCUCCACGAUACUCAACACCACGUGGAUGUCAUAA